AUGAAGAGCCUCCUUUUGACCUUACUAGGGUUUCUUCUUCUUCCAAAUUUAGCUUUGUCUCAGCUCCUCUUUCAGGGCUUCAACUGGGAGUCAUGGAGGCAGCAAGGUGGCUGGUACAACUUCUUGAAGGACAAAGUGCCCGAUAUCGCGAGCGCAGGAGUCACCCAUGUGUGGCUACCUCCCCCUUCGCACUCGGUUAGCGAGCAAGGUUACAUGCCCGGGAGGUUGUACGACUUGGACGCUUCCAGGUACGGGAACCUAAACGAGCUCAAGUCGGUCGUCGACGCGUUCCAUGGCAAGGGCAUCAAAUGCGUCGCCGACAUCGUCAUAAAUCACCGGUGCGCCGACAAGAAGGACGACAGAGGGAUUUGGUGCGUCUUCGAGGGCGGCACCGCCGACAGCCGCCUCGACUGGGGUCCCCACAUGAUCUGCCGCGACGACACCGAGUACUCCGACGGCACCGGCAACCUCGACACCGGCGCCGGCUUCGCAGCGGCUCCCGACAUCGACCACCUCAACGUGCAAGUCCAGCGGGAGCUCGCUGCUUGGCUGAACUGGUUGAAGAGCGACGGCGUCGGCUUCGACGGAUGGAGGCUCGACUUCGCCAAGGGAUACUCUUCGAACAUCGCGAAGAUAUACGUGCAACAAACGCAGCCGGAUCUCGCGGUGGCGGAGGUCUGGAGUCCGCUGGCGUACGGCGGCGACGGGAAGCCGGAGUACGAUCAGGACGGCCACCGUCAGGAGCUGGUGAAUUGGGCUCAGCAGGUCGGGGGCAGUUCGACGGCGUUCGAUUUCACGACGAAGGGGGUUCUGCAGGCGGCGGUGGAAGGCGAGCUGUGGAGGAUGCGCGAUCCGCAGGGGAAGGCGCCAGGGAUGAUCGGGUGGCUGCCGGAGAAGGCGGUGACGUUCGUCGACAACCACGACACCGGUUCGACGCAGAAGGCGUGGCCUUUUCCUUCGGAUAAGGUCAUGCAGGGCUACGCUUACAUCCUCACGCAUCCAGGAAUUCCAUCCAUUUUCUACGAUCAUAUGUUUGAUUGGGGGCUGAAGGAGCAGAUAUCGCAAUUGGUUACGAUAAGAAGCCGAAAUGGGAUUCGACCGAAUAGCACGCUGAACAUCUUGGCCUCUGAUGCCGAUCUCUAUUUGGCGAUGAUCGACGGAAAAGUAAUCGCAAAGAUUGGAACGAGAUUUGAUGUCGGGAAGCUUGUCCCGCCCAACUUCCAUGUUGUUGCUUCUGGGGAAGAUUACGCUGUGUGGGAGAAGAAGUGA